UCUGGACCUUUCUAUGACAUGACAUUUACAUCAAAAAGGUAGAUUUGGUUGUAAAACUAAAACAUAUCCUUUUAAGGUCAUUCAACUUCAGUUGCACCUUCUACAGUAGCUGCACCUUGAUUGUUAUUAUUAAUCUAAUCAUCAUGACUUACAGUUCACUAGAGCCUCAGUUUGUAGACUAUUAUGCCAUGGACCUAUGGUCACUAGUAAAAAAAAGAGGAAGGUGAUGGGUCUCUUCUACCCCUACCCAAGUCUGCAUGGGGAAAGGAGGAGGCUGAUCCCUACUGUGAUAGUGGAGACUACUGGCCCUUUGCUAUUUUCCCCAUGUGCGAAGAGGAGUUCGUCCUGCAGGGAGGAGUCCCUAUAUCGCGGCCUACCUUCAGCACCAUGGGGAGUAGCAAAGAUGAGGAGCAGACAGCAACUGUGGCCUCCCCUCUGAGAGAUGAACUUGGCAGCGUCAAAGAGACUGCCUCAAAGCCUGAGGGCUGCGAGGCUUUUGCUGGCAAAGGUCUCAGCCUGGAAGAGGUUUCGCAGCUACCAGAGAAAGAAGCAUGCCAAGGUGUAACAGUGUAGAAUAGGCUGACCCCUCGCUGCACCUUCAGGUCAUCUGCUGUCUACAUGACCACCCCUCCCAUGGAGGCGUUCGCCGGGCAGCAGGCUCAGGCUGCCCGUGAUGUCAACACGGCAUCGCUCUGUCGCAUCGGCCAGGAGACGGUGCAGGAUAUCGUCUUACGCACCAUGGAGAUCUUCCAGCUGUUGAGGAACAUGCAGCUGCCAAAUGGAGUGACGUACCACCCCAACACCCACCAGGACAGACUGAGCAAACUGCAGGAGCACCUGCGUAUGCUCUCUGUACUCUUCCGCAAGCUGCGCCUCGUCUAUGACAAAUGCAAUGAAAACUGCACUGGUCUGGACCCUGUACCCCCAGAGCAACUCAUCCCCUAUGUGGAAGACGACAGCAGCUCCAAACACAAUGAACGCUCGGCCAGCCAGGCCCGCCCAGCAACAGAGGAGAGGAGGGAGAUCCUGGAGGUUAACAAGAAGCUCAAACAGAAGAACCAACAGCUGAAGCAGAUAAUGGACCAGCUCCGAAACCUCAUCUGGGAGAUAAACUCCAUGCUGGCUGUUAGGAGUUGAACGGCAAACACGGCGACACAGAGAGUGUGACACACAGGCACGCAUACAUACAGUGGGGAAAAAAAGUAUUUAGUCAGCCACCAAUUGUGCAAGUU